CUGCUAGUGUUUUUCUUUAGCACAGAAUUCUUCCCGAAACCCAAGAAAUGGGUUUCCUCCUACGUGUUCUGUUCCUCUCUCUGUUUCUCACUCCGUUUUCGCACCAAACAAAAGCAGAGGACUUGGAUUCCUCCUUCGGUAAUGCAACCAACCUCAGAGCUAGAGAGCUCGCAGGUGGUCGAUGCAAUUGGUUCCGAGGGAAAUGGGUUUACGACGCUUCGUAUCCUCUCUACAAUCCUUAUUCCUGUCCCUUCAUAGAUCACCAGUUCAACUGCCAGAAGCAUGGUCGCCCUGAUACCAUGUAUCAGAAAUAUAGAUGGCAGCCAUUUUCUUGUCCCUUGCCAAGGUUCAAUGCUUUGAAUUUCCUGGAGAAAUACAGGGGCAAGAAGAUUAUGUUUGUGGGUGAUUCAUUGAGCUUGAACCAGUUCAAUUCUUUGGCUUGUAUGAUUCACUCUUGGGUACCAAACUCCAGGACGUCCACUGGACAAAAAGGCGUUCUUUCUUCGGUCACAUUCGAGGACUAUGGACUGAGUUUAUUUCUGUAUAGGACGCCAUAUUUGGUGGAUCUCGACAGAGAGCGAGUGGGAAGAGUGUUGAAGCUUGACUCCAUUAAAAGUGGUGAUGCUUGGAGAGGCAUGGACGUUCUCAUCUUCAACACUUGGCACUGGUGGACUCACACAGGCUCAGCCCAACCGUUUGAUUAUAUUCAAGACAGACACAGGCUGUACAAAGACAUGAACCGCAUGAUUGCGUUCUACAAAGGUUUGACCACCUGGGCAAGAUGGGUUAACCUCAACGUGAAUCCUUCCCAAACCAAGGUCUUCUUCCUGGGAAUUUCCCCUGUUCACUACGAGGGAAGAAUGUGGAACCAGCCAACAAGUUCAUGCAUGAAGGAGAAAGAACCAUUCUUUGGGUUGAGUUACCCAGGAGGGACACCAAUGGCGUGGGUGGUGGUGAACAAGGUACUGAGCAGGGUGAAGAAACCAGUGUAUUUUCUGGACGUGACGACGAUGUCUCAGUACAGAAAAGAUGCUCACCCUGAAGGUUACAGUGGAGUUAUGGACACAGAUUGUAGCCACUGGUGUCUUCCAGGCGUCCCUGAUACCUGGAAUAUUCUUCUCCAUGCCGCUCUCUUUGGGUGAUCAUUCUUACAUUAUAUUAUAUUAGUAUUAUCUUCUCAUCAUUAUAGGAAAACCCUUUGUUUUCCACUAGAAAAAUUAAUCAUUUGCCAUUCAUGUGCUCAUGUCACUGGGCAAUAAAAAGGGAAUAGAGUAGUGAUGAUCAUCUAAGUUAUGUGAUUUAGAUUUAUUUACUUGAUUGGUAACUCUGGCUUCUCAAUAUGUAUUGGGGAAAGAUUUGCCUGCAUUCUGUAUAUGAAGAAAAACUCAGACUGCAAACAAGACAAAUUAUCAGCAAAGCAAAAGCAUGCAGUUCAAGUUCUGGGGAUGCAAAACUCGAUCCUUUGCUUCUGAUUUAUGGAUCUACCAUUUGUACUGCUCUGUGUUUUUUUUUUUUUGGAUAGAAUAUCAUUUGUAGUUCUGCUAUUGAUGCUGUGAAAGUGAAACAAUAAAUAAUAAUGGAGGUAUACUUUCGUCUUUGGA